CUCUCCCUCCAUCAUACAGCCUUUCCACACACUCAACUACACACAUUUCACUCUUCUCUAUCUUAACUCUUCUUUCAGUUUCAAGAUGGCUCUUUCGAACGGUAACUACACCAACGGCUCCACCGCCACUACAUCGACUGCCCAAGCUAAUGCCAUCAACCUGGUUGGUGUUCCUCAAUAUGAUCUCAAUAACCUGCACUUCAACCCGAUCAAGGAAUCCGAUGUCAGUCGUGAGAUGACCCGUCGCUACAUGACUGAUAUGCUCGAGCACGCCGAGACUGAUGUCGUUGUCAUUGGUGCUGGAUCAGCUGGACUGAGCUGUGCAUGGGAGCUCAGCAAGAAUCCCAACGUUAGGGUCACAGUGAUUGAGCAAAGCGUCUCACCUGGCGGUGGUGCCUGGUUGGGAGGGCAGUUGUUCUCGGCCAUGAUUGUCCGCAAGCCUGGUCAUCAUUUCUUGGCCGAGGUUGGUGUGCCAUUUGAUGACUGCAAUGAGAACUAUGUGGUGGUCAAGCAUGCUGCCUUGUUCACGUCCACGAUCCUUAGCAAGUUGCUCAUGCGUCCCAAUGUCAAGCUCUUCAACGCUCUUGCAGCUGAGGACUUGAUCGUCAAGAAUGGUCGUGUUUCCGGUGUCGUCACCAACUGGACCCUUGUGACCCUUCAUCACGACACCCAGUCCUGCAUGGAUCCUAACGUCAUCGAGGCAAAGGUCGUAGUCUCGUCCACAGGCCAUGAUGGCCCCAUGGGUGCAUCGGGUGUGAAGCGUCUCCAGAAGAUCGGGUUGAUUAAGAAUGUACCCGGCAUGAUUGCUUUGGACAUGAACGCUGCUGAAGAUGGCAUUGUCGCCAACACUCGCGAGGUCGUUCCUGGCAUGGUUAUUACGGGCAUGGAAGUCGCCGAGCUCGACGGUUGCCCUCGUAUGGUAUGAUAUCCAAUCACUCUAUAUCGGUCCAAGUGAUAUCUAUCACACUCUAGCAUUUUUUUUUUUACUGGGUUUAAAGAAAAUGGCCUGAGGGGUAUGAUUUGGGAUACUCGUUACUAAUAAUGAUUAACGGGAGGACACAUUUUGUUGUCCUCUUUGCCUAUAUUGUUUUGUCCUUUUGCUACUUUGUCAAUAGGGUCCCACUUUCGGUG